UCUUUCACCCAAGUCCAAGUGUACUCUCUCUCUCACACACACACACACACAGGCGUACACAUUACACACACUUUCUCUCACACAUUAUAUAACCGUUUUCACUUCCCCUCUUUUCUUUAAUAUUACAUCUAGGGUUUCCCAUGCUGCAAACCCGUUGUUCUGAUCGCCGAAGAUUUCUGUUCGCCGGUUCUCCAAUUAACGAAUUUCAGGGUUCCGAGUCCGAUUGAUAGGUUGUUCGGAUUAGGUCUUCAGUCUGAAAAGGGGAUUCUAUUUAGCGGGUGGUGCUUUUUGUUUCUUUCUGGGCUGGCGAUUCUGUUUUCAGAAGGACUAGUUCUCUCGUCGGUUCAAUUCUUACCUGGUUCUGUUCUGCUUUUCUAGGGUUUUGAAUUUUGAAUUUGGACCGAAGACAUUCUGGAAUUGGGAUUUCUGAAAUAGUGAUAAAGCCGGUGAAUGGCGAUUGAAAAGAAUAAUACCUUCAAGGUGGCUCGUUUUGACCCUGAGUAUCAUUCCCUGCACAGUAGGGACAAACUUUUGUCGAGCGAUGAUGAAGAUUUUCAGCGGCCAAACCCUGCACCAGCUGUUGAAUCAGAUGAAGACGAUGAUGGUGAGUUUGACGAAUGUGAUUCUGGAGCAGGCUCUGACGACUUCGAUUUACUGGAGUUGGGUGAAACCGGUGAGGAGUUUUGCCAGGUGGAGGAUCAAACUUGUAGCAUUCCCUACGAGUUGUACGAUCUUCCUGGCUUAAAACAUUUGCUGUCUAUGGAGGUGUGGAACGAGUGUCUAACCGAAGAGGAAAGAUUUGGUCUUGCCAGGUAUUUACCUGACAUGGACCAAGAGAAUUUUGUGGUCACGCUGAAAGAGCUUUUCGCCGGUGAUAAUUUGCAUUUCGGCAGCCCUGUUGAUAAGUUGUUUGAUAUGUUGAAAGGAGGGCUUUGUGAGCCGAGGGUGGCACUUUAUCGGCGGGGCUGGAAAUUUUUCCAGAGAAGACAGCAUUAUCAUAACUUGAGGAAACAUCAGAAUUCCAUGGUGAAUAGUUUCUGUCAGAUGAGGGAUACGUGGCUGAAUUACAGAGGUUACAGUAUCGAAGAGAAGCUUCGUGUGUUGAAUAUUAUGAAGAGUGAGAAGAGUUUGAUGAAUGAGUCUUCUGACCCAGAGGAGUCGGGCGAUGAUUUGUGGGGCCCAAAUAUUUCUUCUCGUGGGCCAAAACCUACCAACGAGCCAUCAAAACAUGGGAAGCAGAAACGAAGAGGAGCAGACAAUAUUCCUCCAACCCAGCAAAGAAUCAAAAUGAAGUCAGGGCGCAGUAAUUCUUCUGCGGCAGUCAGGUUGAAUGAGCAUAUGAUAGAAGAUGAUGAUGAGGAAGAAAGUAUAUAUGAAGUGGCUGUGCACAGAGAAAAACCUGAGGCUUCAAAGUUUGGGAAGAAACGUGAAAGCACAAGAGCUGAAGAUGAUGUGGAUACUUUCAGGGGUAUUCCUAUCUCAGUGAGGAAUGAUUUGCAUGCUCUUGGCAGGAAUAAGACCAUUAAUCAGUUGUCUGAUAUCGAGGUGUUAACUUCAAAGCCGUCUAAUGCGAAAAAUAUAUCCGAUCGAGGGAAAAGAGUUAAGUACGAGAAUCUUCAGCAUAUGAAAUCUGGCAAGGGUCAGAAGUCGAAUUCGGUAAACCUUUUAAUUGGAAGUGAUCCAGCAUGGCUCAGUAAACAACACGGGGGUUUACUUCCCCCCGAAUUAUCAUAUAAGCCCAGUUAUUCGAAUGCCAAAAAUAAGAAGUGGAAGAUGGGUAAGGAAGCCGUUGAGUUCAAUGAGAAUCACACGUUAAUGCAUGCCGAUCAUAGAGCUAAACCUUUAGAGGAUACAUUUGCGAAAAGUGAAGAAACGGAAUCGGAUUCCUCUGAACAAAUGGAUGAGAAUGAGGAUGGCAAUCCUUUGAUGAGGAGCAAAUGGGCUUACCCUGGUACUAUGGCAGAUUCUAGAUAUGUCCCGCAUACAAAGAAGGGCAAAUUUUCUGAGAAAGAUAAAAAGGGCAGUCACCUGAAGCUCGCUCAAUCAUCACAGUCUUCCCAAAAAUUUGAGGGUAGCAUCGAUCUUGAGGCGAUGAAAGCAGAACAAAAGGGAAAGAUGCAUAACGUGGGCUACUUGAAUAUUUUGCCCACCAAUGGUUUGGAUAAAGACUAUUUUCCUCGACCAGAUAAUGUAUUCUACCCAUUGGGACACAGUGGUCACGUUGAAGGGAACUACAGCAACAGUUUCCAUAUACCGUCACUGAAAUCCUCUCUGGUGGGAGAUAGAAGGAUCAAAGGUGAAAUUCUCUCUGAAUUUGAUGUACUUCAGUCAACUUAUAUGCAUGACUAUAAACUUCAAGGUGAUUUAUUUCGGACACGCCAGCUGGGGGCAGAUAAUGGGAUUCCUUUUGAAUUGGGUAGGAAGAACCAGAUGAUGGAUCCGUCCACUGGCCAUCAUCAUCUUGAGCCAUUGAUGGGGUGUAGCAAUCUCUCAAAGAAACGGAAAAUAAAACACGAUAUGGUAUACACGCACCUGCAAGAUAAUAAUGACUACCUUCGUGAUGAGGCUCAGGUGCAACUCGAUAACAUGGGUUCGUUGAAAAAACGUGGAAAGAACAAGUUAGAGGAUGUUUCGGAUUCUCUUGAGAAGGAAUUAUCUGAGCAGCCUCCUAUUCUGGAGAUGGAAACGGAAGAUGUUGCGACAGAAACUAAACCACAGAAAAAGCCGUUCCCUUUAAUCACACCAACUGUUCAUUCGGGAUUCUCGUUUUCCAUCAUUCAUCUUCUUUCAGCAGUUCGCACGGCAAUGAUCACUCUGCUUCCGGAAGAUUCCUCAGAAGCCAGAAAGCAUCUCGGUAAGAACGAUGCGGAGCAAUGCAGUAGCAAACAGGAAGACACCAUAGUGGAUAUUAACGCUUCUCUCCCUUGUGAUGAAGCAAAUAAUGUCCCUUCUCUCACUGUUCAGGAAAUUGUUAGCCGUGUUAGAUCGAACCCUGGAGAUCCCUCUAUUACGGAAACACAGGAACCACUUCAGGAUUUGGUAAGAAGUGUUUUAAGAAUAUUUGCAUCAAGAACCGCACCCCUAGGAGCGAAAGGGUGGAAGCCGCUCGUUGUAUAUGAAAGAUCUUCAAAGAGUUGGACAUGGGUUGGUCCUGUUUCUCGUAAUUUAUCCGACUCUGAAGCGGUUGAAGAGGUGACAUCUCCAGAUUAUUGGGGCCUUCCUCAUAGAAUGCUUGUCAAGUUAGUCGACUCGUUUGCUAAUUGGCUGAAAAAUAGUCAGGAUGCACUUCAGCAAAUUGGAACCCUCCCUUCACCUCCUUCAACACUGGUGCAAAUCAAUUUGGACGAGAAAGAAAGAUUCAAAGACACGAGAGCUCAGAAAAGUCUCAGUACAAUCAGCCCGAGCAGUGAAGAAGUGAGAGCUUAUUUCCAGAAAGAAGAAGUUCUUCGAUAUUUGAUACCAGACAGGGCUUUUUCUUACACAGCUAUCGAUGGCAAAAAAUCCAUCGUGGCUCCUUUGAGACGGUGCGGUGGAAAGCCAACAUCAAAGGCACGAGACCAUUUUAUGCUUAAACGGGAUAGGCCGCCACAUGUCACGAUCCUGUGUCUCGUGAGAGAUGCAGCAGCUAGAUUGCCUGGGAGUAUUGGGACGAGGGCAGAUGUUUGUACAUUGAUUAGAGAUUCGCAGUAUGUUAUGGAAGAUGUGUCCGAUGCACAGGUGAAUCAAGUGGUUAGUGGAGCAUUGGACCGUCUGCAUUACGAGCGGGACCCUUGUGUGCAAUUCGACGGUGAGAGGAAAUUGUGGGUCUAUUUGCAUAGAGAGAGAGAGGAGGAAGAUUUUGAGGAUGAUGGGACUUCGUCCACAAAGAAAUGGAGAAGGCAAAAGAAAGAAGCUACUGAGGCUGUUGAGCAAUCGGGAUUUGAUUUGGAUGAUCAGGUGGAUGACAAUGCUGAAAUUGAUAUGGAAGAAAAUAAAUUGCUCGGCCAAGAGAAUAAUGAUUCUACUGAUAUAGGUUUUCAUGAUGGGACUUUUGGUGGGGAGCCACCAGCAUGAUUGUUCUAUGAGGUAAUUUACGAUUAAUUGGGAAAGUGUUUGCCUUAGUUUCAGCCUUCUUAUUCAUUUUGUUUCUUCCCUUGAGAUUUAAGAUGAUUCAGAUCUCGAUCGACCUUGUUACGUAUAAUUGAGAAAUGGUUUGGUAUUUCGUAAUAGCAUUAACGAAGUAAUGUGUAGAUUGUUGAAAGUGACUGCAACAUAUGCUUAUAGAUUAUUGAAAUUGUAUUUAUCUUCUCUUUUCUCUCCAUUUAUCCCCCUUCUUUUCGCUCUAAUCUUUAUUCUUCGAUCUUAUUUUUCACCUCGAAUUAUGUUUAAACAGUCAUAUAUCCAGAACUUGGGUUUAUUUGGCAGAGAAUAAUUAUACAUAAAGAACUACUUAUGCGAGUGUUUAUGUAGAACACCAUUAAUUGUAUAUUAAUUCCAUAAAUUAACGAAGUCAAAGGUUAUAUAUUAAGACAAUAAACCCCACUGUUAAAGAAUAAUUAUAAUCAGACACAAAAGCCUUUCAAAUCUGCAGAAGAUUUUAUAUUUUCUCAGGACACUACUACAAAUCAGUUUAAUGAGUAAAUCCUAAAACAAGCACCAAAAUCGAAAAAUAAUGAUUUUCUUACACUGGAGAAUUUCAAAGAAGUGAAAUUCCAAGUUCUACUGUUUGCUGUGGAGAUGGCUCACUCAUCCAUCUCCACAAAAAAAAAAAAAAAAAAA